UAGUGCAUCUAUGAGGGGGCAUGAAAAUAUACUGCAUACUAGGAAUGUUCAUACCUAACCCUUCAAAAUGAGUUCAUACUGUGUGUGUUUCUCAACAGAUGAUGACGACGAUGAGGAUGAAGGUGAAAGUGUUUCUGCAGUAACUCACGACUCUCUGAAACCAGAUGUAGCUGAACUUUCGGGACAGGAUUCUCACACACUCUCCCACUCCCCUGACCAUGACACACACUCUCACACUCUCACGUUUGCAGACACACACUCCGGCGCUGAUGAGUCCCAGCACUCCAGCAUCGACUUGGCUGCUUCAGAUAAUGCUUCCUUCUCCCUUGCGCAAACCUCGUCGGAUACACGCGCUUCCCAAAUCCAUCGAGUGUUUCAUGAAGACUUGUGCAUGAAGGCUGAUAUGGAUCCGGUAUCUGAUUGGGCCACGCACUCUGUCCGUAACACGCUCACACACUUGCAGACCUCUCCACAGAGGAUUGGCGGGUCAGACUCUCUCAUAUCCCAUAAUUCUCCAUUGUUUGCUGCACAGCGGCUCGUUGCUCUGGGUAACGUCUCAGGGCUGGGUCUCUAUGGCCGGUUAGGUGCUCUACGGACAGGUGAAGCCGGCAAGCGACACUUCAUCUGCUCGAUCUGUGGGAAGUGUUUCACCACAUCGCAGAGUUUGGACACACACAUGCGCAUUCACACUGGAGAACGGCCGUACCGCUGUGAGCAGUGCGGGAAGCGUUUCACGCAGUCCGGGCACCUCACUGCUCACCAGACUGUCCACACCGGAGAAAGACCGUACGAAUGCACCCGCUGUGGAAAACGAUUCGCAGGGAAACAGUACCUGCGCAUACACACCAAGAAACACCACCCUGACUUGCACGCGCUCUCUCAUAUACAGACCCACACACAGCAAGACACGUUACCCUGAAAGAUACACAUGCUCACAACAGAGAGUGCAGGACACCACUUUUGAUGUUUUAGUAGUUUUAAUAUAUUUGAUAUAUUCUGUUGAUGUUUGCAAGUGUCCUGCAACCACUGAGAGCUUAAAAUGAGAUAUGCAGCCAGUUCCAAGUGUAAUGUUGCAGUGUUCAGACAUUUAAACUUUAAACAGGUAAUUUUGCCAAAACUAAAGCAGUGAGAUGCAUUAUACAUUAUGUAUACAUACUGCAGGGAGACCAUAUGAAAGCCAACAUUAGAAAGCUGGUGUGAGCACAUUAAGACACUGAUACCUUCAACAUGAAAUGCUCACUUUGACCUGAAUAGCAGAUGUACAGGAUGUGUUGUUCAAAGAGUUUAUGAUCUAAAUUAGAUAUAAUUAUAGAUUAUACAUUUAUAUUUGCAGCUAGUCACAGCAGAAACACUAACUGGAUUUGUCGGUGUUGUAUUUAAUAGAAAUAAACAGUUAACAGUUUCAAACAGUUAAUUGCAUCUCAGA